AUGGAUCCUCCUAGAGAAGGUAGCUCUGUGACACGACCACCAUUCUUAGAAGGAAGUUCAAACUACGGCUACUGGAAAAUCAGAAUGCAAUCCUUCAUUAGCUCUAUUGAUGGCGAUGCAUGGAAUUCUGUGAUUAUUGGAUACAAAGAACCUACGUUGGCUGAUGCUCAAGGAAAUGUUGCACCAAAGGUGAGAAGUCUAUGGUCUGAAGAAGAAGUUAAGAAAUGCACCAGCAACUCCAAAGCUUUGAACGCGAUAUACAAUGCAAUCGACGUCGGUCAAUUCCGAACGAUCUCUUGUCAGAAAACAGCUACGGAACCUGACAGCUCGAUUGCUGAAUUCUACAAAGAGCUAAGAGACAUUGCAAACGAAUCGUAUGCUCUUGGAAAAACAUACACAGAGUUUGAUAUGGUCAUGAAGGUCUUGACAUCUCUCCCAGACAAGUUUGCUCCCAAGAAAACUGCUAUGAUGGAAUCAAAUGACGUUAUGAAGAUGAAGCUGGAAGAGCUUAUUGGUUCACUACAGACGUACGAAAUGGAAUUGAAGAUGCAAGAUCAGAACAGAGGUCUAGCUGAAAGAGCAAGGAGUCUCGCUUUUGUCUCCACUGAAAACAAAAGUGAUGAUGAAAACGAGAAUAUGGUGAUGCUCACAAAGAAGAUCGGAAGAUAUGUGAAGCAACUGGACCUGUUGAAGAAAGACAAGCAAUCUCCAAGUUCUGGUAGCAGAUUCAACAAAAGAGAUGGUAGUCGUGGCAAAGACAAAAAACCAGUUAAGUGCUUUGAGUGUCAAGGGUAUGGACACCUUAAAGCGGAUUGUGCGAAUCUGCAGAAACGAAAGGAAAAGUCACUAAAAACAACACUAAGUGAGUCGGAGACAGAAAGUGAUGAAGAAGAUGUCUCCUACAACAACGUGAUUUCCUUCACUGCAGAAAUAGAAGAGCCUGUCAAAACUGAAUCUGUUAAAACAGAGUCUUCCAUAACAGAAACUGUUGAAGCUGAUGAGGAGUACUCGGACGAUGAAGAACUGCCUACUUAUGAGGAGCUACUGCAAAACUUCGUCACUACCUGCAGUCAAAAUGUAAGUUUACUCAAGGAGAGGAAAGAGCUUAACACUCAGAUUGAAGACUUGAAAACUCAACUUCAAAAGAAAAACGAAGAGUUGUUGGCAACACAACGUGAUCUUGAAGAGACCAGAAAAGGAGUGAAAAUGAUGAGCACCGGAACCGCAAAACUUGAUCAAAUCCUUACUGCUGGUAGAGUGGAGUACAAGAUGUCACAAGCACCUCUCAUCAACAAGUAG